CGUCGCUUCUGGACACUAUCUGCGUAGGAAUUGCGUUGCUUGAAGCACUCUUCUAAAUCGCGUCUUACCUGCUUCGAAAUAUCCAAGGAUUCGAAACAAAAUGGGCUUUGCCUCAGCCCGGUUGCUCCCCGAUCUACAGAUCGCGAUCGCAACGCUCUAUUCACUGCCCCUGCCGCAAGAUGUUACACAAUAUGCUGAUCAAAGCCAGGCGCACGAAUUUUUGCAGCACAUUCAAUCACGGAACGUGCGACGAAAGAUUCAUUCCCUUCAGCAAAGACAUCGAGACCAAGCGAUGAAACAACAACCAACGUCAACGACCAAUCAGCAGCAAACGAUUGCGCUACCUCGAGAAGAUGAGACAACUGUGAGAAUGGGUUCAUCUUGGCUGCCUUGUCUGAUACUGCUAUGUCAAUUGGAUGGUUCGGGGCGGCCUUGUCUAGCCGCAACCCCUACGGAGCGAUUAUUUGCGGCCCAAACCUUGCUGCAUCGUCUACGCCGAAUUAAGAUCGUUGAAGCGAUUGACCUGGAUGUCGAACUUGACCACGACCUUGAGGAAUCUCAGGCUCUAUAUUUUUAUGAAUCCAUGGAUCACGCGGUCAAUUUAUUAUCCGCAUACAAAAAUCUCAUGGAGAGAAUGAACCCGUUUGUUGCGAUGGUUCUUUCGCCCUACCUAGCGAAUGUAUCCUCUGUGGAAGACGAGGAACGCACUAAGGCUGAGUUGACUUUGUUGACUUUGGGAGCAAUUGCAUUUUUGAUAGCUAGCGACCCUCAGGCAAACGACCAAAUGAUGCCUUUGCUCUCAACAAUUGGGCACUCAAUGGCCGUGGUGGCCUUGCGAAUAAGAUAUACUCCUUCUUCCGUUGAUGCUCCGCAAGGUCCGUCGUCGCCACCAAUUGUUACCCUUAUUGAGCAGGCGCUGAGUGCAGCUUGGAACACGGCUCCUUCCGUCUCCCUACCACAGAACCACGAAGUCAUGUGCGUCACACUAAAUAUCGCUUUCGGUGCCAUUCCAGACGCCUUGUUGGGAAGCCCGGGUGGAGCUCGGGGACGUCUGUCAAUGGAUCCUCGUUGCAUUCAAGCAGCAACUCACGAACUGAUUACUGGUCUACGGACACUCUGGGAGAGUCUUAAAAGGCACGAAGUAAUCCAUUCCCACUGGACCCUACGGACCAUGGAACGUUGGGCCAAAUUUGUUCCGCUCGAUCAUGACUUAGUAACCGCGACGGUUCCGCUUGUGCGGGAGUACGCCAUAAUGGAUGGGCCACACGGCAAAGAUGCCUUUGAGUAUCUCAUUGCAAUCUUUGAGAGUGGAUCGUGGACUGUGGACCAAGUGUUGGCGACUAGCAUGGGACUGACGGAUGAAAAAAGAACGAACCAAUCGGGCAGAAAACGCCAAUCCAGUAGGUCCAAGAAAAGACAAAAGGAGCUAGUCGACAGCCGGACCACGGAUACAGCUGUAGUGCAUGCGGAGAAUGAAGUGCAACAACGCGGACAAAGCGCUUGUUUGGUAGCUAUGCAAGUGUGGAACGUUUUGCGGGACUCUGCGGAACGUGCAUUGACGCAAGCUAAGAACGAAAGGAUUCAAGUUGAAGGAGAAGGACCAAUAGGAUGCAUAGCAACUUGUGCAAACGCAUGUCUGCCACAUUUACUGCGGCACCCAGCGCAGCCUAAUGCGCAAGAAUUGUUUGCACAAAUUAGUGGUGUCGUGCAAAAUGUAUGUGCAAGUGAUAACAAGGCCGUUCGAGGACUCGUAUUCGAGUCGCUGUUCACUUUACAUGCAACCAUGUUGAAUUUGGUGCGAGAAGAAAAGUUCACGGAUCCUUCUUUGGAAUCACUGAUGGUUGAUCACUUCUAUCACUGCUCCAUGAAUUUAGCCGUACGGUGUGGAUAUCCAGACUCCUAUUUCGUCAAUCUUGCUGCAAGUAGCGACGAAGAAAUAGAAGUAGAACGAAACGACGUCCGUGACGUAGUGCGGGCCAUCGCAUGCUCUGAAGAGGGUGGGUCGACGUCAGAAGUCAUCACACUUCAUAGGCCACUCGAGACGUCACUCAAAAUAUUGUCGAAAAUGCUACACGCUUGUGUGGAUGCUGUAAAUACAGCUCUAUCACAGCGGCUACUUCCGUCAGAAGCAAUAGUUCACGCCUUUUCAGCCUUGGCGAAGCCGCUCAAUCAUGUUGCAAAAGCUAACGCAUCAAAUUCUUCGUGUGAACUUUGUAUACUUGCAAUGAAAUUCCUCAUCUCUGUUACGGGGGCACUUUUGAAAGCUUUUGAAGAUAAAAAGCCUAUUCUGCAGCUGUUGCCAAUAUGUCGUACUGCGAGCAUUGCCAUGGCUUCCGUGACUCCAAUGCUUUCAUCACUUGUUCAAAAUUAUUGCGACAAUCGACUGGUUCUCGGUGCUGUCCGUGAAACGCUAGAUGUUUGUAUUCGGGGCUCUAUCGUCUCAGUAGCAGAGCUCCCAGAACUAGCGUCGGCCUCUGAGCUGCAUCAUGCGCAGUAUGACAUUCGAGGGACAAUGAGGGGUCCCGGUGGCGAAGACCAUGUUGGUUGCCUGGUCCUGAUGCGCUUCGUAGACGAGAGCGAGGCACUUUCCAAAGUUGUAAUCGACGUCGCUCGCCCUUACCUUUCUCAGCUUUGUGACUUGUACCAACACCUCAAAUCGAUUGAAUCAAAUAGAGAACGUGGAGUGCAUCAUGGACGUGGUGUGGCUCCAAAAUCGAGGAGAAUUCUCCUUAGCGUUUUAUGUCAUCUUGAGACUUUGUCAAGAGGGCAGGGUGGAGCAUCAACAAUGCUCCUGGAUAUCUUCGACAGAACGAUUGAAACAAUCGUCAAUAUGAACGGUCAUGUUUCUUCAGGCGAGACGAAGUUUUAUUUUCUUUGUGAGGCUACGCUCGAUAUUGCCGCCUUUUCUUCUACUCUGAUCAGGUCCCUGUUCGAGCCGGAUGAUGACGUCUCCAAGAAUUCUCGGUGUUUGGAAAUGCUGGCCGAUGCUUGCGUUAAAGGAUAUAGAAUGAUUGGUCCUGAUCCACCGUCACCGGAGAUAUACCAGUGGAACCGGUAUCGUGCUGCUAUCUUUUCUCUACUUAAGGCAGCUGCCCACCCUGACUUACCAGAGCGCUCGAUCAAUAUGAUACAAAUUCUUAUUUCGGCUGAAUGUGACGCCAUCGCAACGCAAUGCACUAUGAUGCCUCUGUGCUCCAGUAGCCUUUUCAAUGACGAAGUAGUUUCGCCAGAAACGGUACCUGCAGGUCUUUUUGUAAAAGUGCUUGGGGACGUUAUUGGAGAAUCCCAUUCGUAUUCGCACAUUUGUGCUCAGGUUUUAUGGCUUGAAAAGGACGUCGUCCUAAACUCAAUUCUCCUUGAAUGUGGAGAUCCUGAAAUUACGGGUGGUGAUUUUGUUGAUCCACGCUGCACAUUACUGGAGGCUUGGCUGCUUUGCAUGAGCAAAAUAGUGUCGAGUAAACAUUCCACGGUGGAGCCAUUUGUUGAAACGCUUCUGAGCGAGACGUGCGUGGUGCUGCUUAGUCUUCUCUUUUCUAAAACAGUGGCGACGACGCAGGAGGACCGAGGGAAAGAUCCAUGCUUGAGUCUGGACGGUCCGCAUACUCUCGCAGCUAUGGAAUUCUUGUCCGCAUUCUUGUCUUCGGGCUUCGGCUUUCAAGCCCUUUCUGAACAGCUGAGACUGAAUAUUUCAUUCGAUUUUCCCUCCCUUCCAUUCUGCGACGCGUCUUUGCAUGGAUCGGUCAUUAUAGGGGCAGCGCUUUUUCGAGCCAUGCAAGGAGCUCUACCUCCAUGGGCGGUGGAAUCUAUCCCCGAAGUCUAUAGCGCUUUCUUUACAGCAACGGGACGAAAUCCUGAAUUGUUUGGAGCAGUUUUGCGCUCCUCUAUGGAAAUCCGUUUGUCAGAACGAUCGACAAUGUGCGGCGUUGUUCAACGAGGUGAGCUUUUGUCGGGGCGGUACUUUGAGGGCACGUCCGAAAAAGCAAAAGAGCAGUUUGUGGACGAGACAAUCGAUCUGUGUAGAUCAGAUACUGCCAGUAGCUGGAGACGAAUGAAAGUACUUGUAAAGCAAGUAUGUGGUGGGAAAAAGAAAGACUCAGAUUGCAAGCAGAAGCCUUCGUAUACAAGGUGGGAUUUUGAGCGAUUGUAA